AUGUAGCGAUAACGGUCGCUGUCUGACCUGGGAGCAAACUUGACAUGAAGGAAGAAUAGAGCCUACUGUCUCGACAACAUGGCUGCUAUAAUUGCCAUUUUAUUUAGUUGCAUCGCAUUAUAUAAUUUAGCGGGAUGUACUUACACACCACCGACAUUUUAUUUCGACCAGGAAUGUGGCAAGACGAUAACGUUCACCAAAGACAUGCUGCUGGAUUUCACAGAGAACACUACCGAGGCGGAUUGGUCGGCGAUGUCGUGUAACGUUGUCGUCAUGACGGAGGAGUUAUCACAGCGACUCCUGAUAACCCCACUUCAUCUUAAUAUAACAACGAGUUACCCCUGUAACGAGACGUCAUUGAACAUCCUCAACUCCGAUGCUCAACCGCUUAACAACCCUCCCUGGAUAUGUGGCCAGCACCUGUCUCGACCCACGCUGAACACCUCGGGGGUGUACUCCUGGUGGGAGUACCAGAAGGACGAGGGGGUGACGGAACCAGGGGGGUUCAAGUUUCUCGUAUCUUCAUUCAGACUCGCUAAAGAUGGUUUUUGUGGUCAUCACGAGUACCACUGCAGCAACGACAACUGCGUUUCAAAUGAUGUCAUCUGUAACAGCUAUAACGAUUGUGGCGACAAUUCCGAUGAAACCGUUGCGUGCCGACCGAGCAUUUUUGAGAUUCUCAUCAUCUCUCUCGGAGGUAUACUUUGUCUCGUCACCGUGGCCGCCGUCAUUGUCGUCAUCAGAAGGAGGAGGAGAGGACGUUCCCAGUACAAGGAGAUCCAAUAAAGACUAAAUGGAGAUCGGAUGGACAAAAUGUGUGCUCAUGCUCUGGUUAACAAUGGAUCGUAGCGUGCUGAAUUUGUAUUAACCACUGGAUUGUCUGGUCCAGACUCGAUUACAUUUACAGACCGCCGUCAUAUAGCUGGAAUAUUGCUGGGUGCGGCCUAAAACGACAAACACAAACAAUAAAGACUAAAUGGAGAUUGGAUGGCCAAAAUGUGUGAUCAUGAUCAUGUUUAUAGUAGAUUGUUAGCAUGUUGAGUUUGAAUUAACCACUGGAUUUGCUGGUCCAGAUUUAAUUAUAUUUACUAUUUUAUACUAUAUAUACUAUUGUUCAAAUUGGCAUAAAACAACACUGUCCCA